AGAAGCAGAUCUGUCAUUACUAGCGUUGUGGCCUUGGGCAGGUCACUGCACUUCUCUGGAUCUCUAUUUUCUCAUCUAGAAACUACAGGAGUGAGAGAGAGAGAGAACCACACUGCUGAUGACUCCGAGGGAGGAGCCCUGGACAUGUGCUGCAGCGAGAGGCUGCCGGGUGUCCCCCAGCCGGUAGGGAUGCAGGCGCUGGACCAGGCCGAGGGGCCCACGGCCUUGCAGAGAGAGAUGCCACUGCCCCCGCCUCCUUCACCGCCUUCAGAGACAGCUCAGAAGCCACCACCUCGAGACGCCAGGAGCCCCUCCCUCGCUGUCAGGAGCAGCCUGUGCCUGCUGGCUGCCUCCCAGUUCCUGCUCGCCUGCGGGAUGCUCUGGCUCAGCGGCUAUGGCCCCAUCUGGUCGCAAAAUGCCACAGACCUCAUUUCCUCCGUGCUCACGCUCCUGGAGCAGCUGGGACCCUCGGCCUGGCUGGCUGUUGGGACCUGGGACAUCCCUAAUCUGCUGCUGGUCUCUCUGUCCGUGGUCCUCGUCACCACCUUGGUGUGGCACCUCCUGAGAACUCCCGCAGAGCCACCCAGCCCGCUGCCCCCCGAGGACAGGCGCCAGUCGGUGAGCCGUCAGCCCUCUUUCACCUACUCUGAGUGGAUGGAGGAGAAGGUCGAGGAUGACUUCCUGGACCUGGACCCUGUCCCUGAGACACCUGUGUUUGACUGCGUGAUGGACAUCAAGCUUGAAGCCGACCCUGCCUCACUGACUGUCAAGGCCAUGGGUCUGCAGGAGAGGAGGGGCUCCAACGUCUCCCUGACCCUGGACAUGUGCACCCCGGGCUGCAAUGAGGAGGGGUUCGGCUAUCUCAUGUCCCCACGCGAGGAGUCGGCCCGCGAGUACCUGCUCAGCGCCUCCCGUGUCCUCCAGGCCGAAGAGCUUCACGAGAAGGCCCUGGACCCCUUCCUGCUUCAGGCAGAAUUCUUCGAAAUUCCCAUGAACUUUGUGGAUCCGAAAGAGUAUAACAUCCCUGGGCUGGUGCGGAAGAACCGGUACAAAACCAUCCUUCCCAACCCUCACAGCAGAGUGUGUCUGACCUCACCAGACCCUGACGACCCUCUGAGUUCCUACAUCAACGCCAACUACAUCCGGGGUUAUGGUGGGGAAGAGAAGGUGUAUAUCGCCACUCAGGGACCCAUCGUCAGCACAGUUGGCGACUUCUGGCGCAUGGUGUGGCAGGAGCACACGCCCAUCAUUGUCAUGAUCACCAACAUCGAGGAGAUGAACGAGAAGUGCACCGAGUAUUGGCCGGAGGAGCAGGUGGUGUGCGACGGCGUGGAGAUCACUGUGCGGAAAGUCAUCCACACUGAGGACUACCGGCUCCGACUCAUUGCUCUCAGGAGUGGCACAGAAGAGCGAGGCCUGAAGCAUUACUGGUUCACAUCCUGGCCUGACCAGAAGACCCCAGACCGGGCCCCCCCACUCCUGCACCUGGUGCAGGAGGUGGAGGAGGCAGCCCAGCAGGAGGGGCCCCGCUGCGCCCCCAUCGUCGUCCACUGCAGCGCAGGGAUUGGGAGGACGGGCUGCUUCAUCGCCACUAGCAUCUGCUGUCGGCAGCUGCGGCGCCAGGGCGUGGUGGACAUCCUGAAGACCACGUGCCAGCUCCGGCAGGACAGGGGCGGCAUGAUCCAGACGUGUGAGCAGUACCAGUUCGUGCACCACGUCAUGAGCCUCUACGAGAAGCAGCUGUCCCGCCAGUCCCCCGAGUGACCACACUCCUCCCCGAGGUCCUCUGGGUACCACACAGCCUGAGUCUGGGCCCUCAUCCCGGCCACACCCAGAGCCCUGCCUCGGGUCCAGCCUGCCCCCUGUCCCUCCCGCUUCCUUCUGCUCAGUCUGCUCCCCAGCCUGGGCCUGGCCCCUGCCUCCCCCAACAACGUAGCUCUUCCUACUGUACAUAUUGGGGAGUGGGGGAGGGUGGGGGAGGGGUGUGCCAGGCCAGGCCUGGGGCCCCAGGGCCUGACCCAUGCUGCGCGACCUGGGGCCUCAGUUUUUAAUGAUGGUUCCAUUGCUACUUGAUCCAAAACAUUUCCGUGCCGCGCUCCAUGUGUCCUGCUGCAGCGUGUUCUGUCUGUCCAUCCAUCUCUGCUGUCUGUACCGGACACUGUGUCUCCUCAGCCCGGGAGAAGGGUAACGAGCUCCAGCCCCCAAGUGGCCCCGGCAGAGGUGCCUGCCCCCGGCCCCCAGCCCCACUUCUCCCAACAGGCAGAUUGCACUUUGCCCCUAGUUACUGGGACCAGGAUAAGGACGGGGGGCCUCAGGACCUGGAGGUCAGGCACAGGGAGCUCCUGAGGGGGUGGCAGAAAGAUCUCAGCUGGGGGAGAGGUCUCUGGGUGGUGGUGGUGGGAGGAGUAUCGCAGCCAGGGUGGCCUCUGGGUGUCAGAUGCCCGCAGGAGGCAGUGAGCAACCCGCAAGGCGUCAGGGAGGAAGGGGACAGAUGGGGACAGUGAACCUAGAGGACCUGGGCCACGAUGGGAGAGGGGGAGCUCCGAGGGUGGGGUGGGGACUCGGCCCCAGAUGUGUGUGAAACAUUUUUCGGUGUCACUGUGGGAAAUCCCUCCCAGAAGUCUCACCGCGUGUAGCUCUGCGUGUGUCCCAUGUCCAUGCGUGUGUUGAGAGCCCGUCAGCAGGGCAUGCAUGACUCUUUGGCAACAUGUGUUAUCUUGGAGCCACGUGUUUUUAUUGCUGACUUUAAGUACUUAUUCCACGGCAGACAGAGACAUUUGGUGUCUUUUUAUAAUUUGCUCAUGGUCAUUGAAUAGAGCAAUAAAUGGAGCAUUUUGAGCAAAACUGGGUCUGUGUGAUUGCCUCUCCCCUCCACUCCCUGUAUCUCCGUCUUUGUAUACACACACA